GCAGCUUUGCCCGACUCUAUCUGCGCUUGCCUGCAGAUUGCACGGCAUUGGAAACCCACGAGAACGGAAUUUCCACGCAAUAAACCGACUUGUUCCUUUAUUUGGCAUGACCAAAUGCCGCACAGGACUCGUCUGCCGGAACUACCGGAGCCUGAAACCUUUAAAAGGAUAAAGGAGCAGGAGCUGUUCUGCGUGUUUAAGAGCAGUGUGUUUCAUCAACACAAAGUCACUGUUGGUGACAUUGUGCAAGCAGAAAAGCUUCAUCGUCGAGACGCAGGAGAGAAGGUGGUCUUUGGGACGGUGCUGCUGGUGGGGUCCAAGGACUUCACAAUACUGGGGAAACCCACAGUGCCUUAUGCGAAAGUAAAGGCAACCAUAGAGCAGCAGACCCUCUCGCAGGAAAUGCAUGUAUUUUGGUACAAGCCCCGGCGAAGGCAACAGGGCUUCUACCGCCGGCGGCAACACGUGACGAUGCUGCGGAUUGACGAAAUUGUUUUGACACCUGAGGAGGACUCGACAGAUCCUCCUCCACCCAAGCCAGUCCGGCUAUUGGACCUGUGGGCCAAUAGGUGGCUCGAUCCUGCCGAAAAGGAAGGCAUUGAAAUGGUCCAAGGUGAAAAGGAAGGAGAGUUGAUUCCCAAGACGGCCCUGAUUUAUGAUGGUUCCGAACAUCAGCCUGGAAGCUAUCAUCGGCGGGGUUUGACCUCUUGCUAUCGCUAUUGGCCAGACCCAGCGGCUUCGCAUUGGCGACUCUGAGUGAACCGAAAGCGCAGCGCUGCGAGGAAAGACCAAACAGA